CCUAUAUUCAGGAAUAGCAGCCGAUAUUCAGGAUGUCUCUCUCUAAAUCUUGCAAACUGCCCACCCCUACAGAAGCCAGAGAGGCCGCCGAUUCGAUAAGACGUUCAACAAAAGGAGGAACCCAACCAUACUUCCCAGUUCCCUUUCCCUCUUUGAAUCUGAUGGUCAAAUUUGGUCGCAGCUCUAUCAUCCCUGAGGGUCAAUGCUUAUGGACAAUUCGAACAUACCUUGGUGAUAUCGUGCCUGUUCCAGAAGUCUAUGGAUGGUGUAAGGAUGACGGAGAGGAUUUCCUCUAUAUGGAGUUGGUGAGAGGUGCCACCCACAGCGACCUUCACCCCAGUAACAUUCUUAUUACUCGGGCUGGGGAAGGGCAGGCCCGUAUUCUAGCUUUGAUUGAUUUUGAGCAAUCUGGUUGGUAUCCAGCAUAUUGGGAGUAUUCCAAAGCUCGUUGGACAGCAGAGAUAGGUGGGGAAUGGGAAACAAUGUAUCUCCCCAGGAUUCUAGAACGGCACGACGACGCUUAUAAACAUUGGGAUUAUUUUUGCCUGAGUCUUGGGGUUUGAGAAGCGGUUAAAAUUUCCCCUAGCAUAGAUAAUUCUUAGUUUCAAGUAUUGGAACGCAGGAUUAAAUCAAUU